CUACAAAAGUUUAGCACGCCUAGCAGCGGACGGUGUUUGCAUCUUUCCUUCCUUCUGUUUAGUCGCUAAAGUUAUAAAGCAGGGGACAAUUGCCUUUUAUAUGAAUACAUUUUAAAAAUAAUUCUGCAGUAAAAGAUAAACAGUGUGUAUUAAACAAGAUGUCCCUCACCUCAACUACUCCCUCUGUCCUCCUGAACACGGGGGUUCAGAUGCCCCUCCUGGGUCUGGGGACCUACAAGUUGUGGUCUCCAGAAGAUGUCUGCCUGGCUGUGGAUGCAGCACUGCUGGCUGGUUAUCGACACUUCGACACUGCAGCCUGCUACGAGAAUGAAGCUGAAUUGGGCCGAGCCGUCAAGAAGCUCCUGCCGAAGCAUGGCUUGACCAGAGAGGACGUCUUCAUCACCAGCAAGCUGGACCCAAAGGAUCAGGGUGAGAAGGCCAUGGAAGGAGCCCUUCAGAGCCUGUCUCAGCUGGAUUUGGGUUACAUUGACCUCUACCUGAUCCACUGGCCUGGCACACAGGGAAUGGAUGAGACUGACCAACUCAACCCAGUUAACAGAGCUCAGAGUUGGGUCACACUCGAGGAGCUGCACGCUCAGGGGAAGUUGAAGGCCAUCGGCGUGUCCAACUACACACCAGCACACUUGGAAGAACUGAUGCAGAGCUGUAAAACUCAUCCUGCGGUGAUACAGGUAGAGUUCCACCCACAAUUUUGCCAGAUGGAGUUGAGGAGUGUUUGUGAGAAGUAUGGAGUGUGUUUCGAAGCCUACUCCUCCUUGGGCAAAGGAGUGCUGGUCACUGACCCUGUCGUCAUGGAGAUAGCAAAGAACUGUGAGCGCACACCUGCUCAGGUCCUUUUGCGCUGGGCGGUGCAGAUGGGUCACCCAGUGAUCCCCAAGUCGUCCAAUCCGGGCAGAAUAAAGGACAAUGCCAGGAUUUUUGACUUCACACUGAGUGACACAGACAUGAACAGACUUUCAGCUCUGGACUGUGGGCGCAAGUACUGCAGGGAUGCAUCACAAAUAGUUUAACUCAUCAGUAGUCAAGCAGACCUUGUCACUCAUCUGUGUUUUUUAAUUUUAUGAAGGAUCAGCGUUAUUCACAAUAAGGCGCGUAGCUGACCUGAUUAACAAGUGGGUGCGAUAUCACGCUUUAUUCAACAGGCUUACAACCCACCUCAGCUUCAGCUCAGCCUGUCGUCAGUCUGACUGAAAGUUGGGGUGAGACAGCAUUUCCAGCACGGCGACAGUCAUCGAUGUGACUCCAGAGCCCUGUGCAGUAACUGAUGGGUGACGUCGCCCAGGCUUAAUCUAUUAAUAUUCACAUUCUAUCAUUGGCACUAUAGAAAUAAAGAUUGAUUGAUUGAC